AUGGGAAAGACAGGCAAAGUCAAGCAAAAGUCCACGGCAAAUCCAAGAUCUCGAGCCUCGAAGAGAGCCACUUCUCCGUCUAUCGACGUGGACAAAUCCCUGAAGGACACGCCUCGUGCCUCAGACGCCACACCCAUCCUCUCGGCACAUCCAAAUGGCGGGGUUACUAAGCCCAAGAGGAAACAAAAGCAGUUGACGAGGGGCCAAAGAAAACGACAUGAAAAGGAACUGGCAAGAGCACAAGCUGUCCAAGACCAUUUAGCAAAGAAGGUGAACGAUGCUACAGUAAAGCUCAAGAAGAGACGUGAGAGGAAAGGGGUGUGGGACGAAGUGAAUAGCACCACCAAGUUUGAACAGACAAGAGCAAUCCUCGACGAAGCCACGGACCAGCCCGAGGGGAGCGAGUGGGAAGACGAAGUCAUGGAAGAGGUGGAUAUUGUUCAGCAAAGUGAUUUGAAGAUUAUCGAAGGGUCAUUUUUGCCCUCGAAGACACCUGCGAGCAAGUUGGUUGUGGUCGAUCGAACAGUCUCUGCACAUGCCACGGACGUGGAAGACGAGGCCGACAAGAUUACCUGA